AUGAUUUCUCAAAAUAUAAAAGCAGUAAAAUUUGUUGUUGUUGUUGUUGUUCUUUCUAGUGUGUUUGUUUCAGGAGAUGCAGCAGUGAGAUGCAUAGAGAGUGAGAGAGAAGCUCUCCUAACAUUCAAGAAUGGCCUCAUCGAUAACUAUACUUUUGGUGUUCUCUCGUUGUGGCAAAGCAAUGAAUGCUGCGAGUGGUAUGGUAUUAAGUGCAGCAACAUCACUGGCCAUGUCACCACCCUCCAGCUUCGUGGUUUUGAAUUCCAUGAAUUGCAAGGUGAGCUUCGUUCUUCGUUGGUGGAGUUGCAUCAUUUAAAUUCUCUUGACCUUAGAGGAAUUGAUUUUAGAGGCAUUCGGAUCCCAGAAUUCAUUGGUUCCAUGAAACAAUUACAACACUUGUCUCUUAGCAGUUGUAACUUUUCUGGAAGCAUUUCUCCUCAGUUAGGAAACCUUACCGACCUACGCUCACUUUGCCUUAGUGAGAAUGAUUUUGGAGGAACUCCGAUCCCAGAAUUCAUUGGUUCAAUGAAACAAUUACAACAAUUGUCUCUUAUGGAUUGUUACCUUACUGGUACAAUUCCAACUCAGUUAGGGAACCUUACCAAUCUACACACACUUGAUCUCUCCUGGAACUCUCUGUCUUCUAUAUCUCUUUUGCUGAAUGGUUCUGUAUGGGAAUCAAUCAAAAUAUUGGACUUGUCUUAUAAUAAUCUCAGUGGAUCAAUCCCAGGCCUAAGAGCAUUUCCUUCAUUGACAGAACUGAGCCUUUCCAGAAACAACUUUACAGGCUCCAUUCCUAUAAGUAUUUGCCAACUCUCCAAGCUUCAAUUUCUAUAUCUUUCUUAUAAUUCUUUGGAAGGUUCAGUUCCUCCAAGCAUUGGCCAACUAUCUAAGCUUCAAAUUCUAGAUCUUUCUUAUAAUUCUUUGGAAGGUUCAGUUCCUCCAAGCAUUGGCCAACUAUCUAAGCUUCAAAUUCUAGAUCUUUCUUAUAAUUCUUUGGAAGGUUCAGUUCCCCCAAGUAUUGGCCAACUCUCCGAGCUUCAAAGUCUAUAUCUUUCUUAUAAUUCUAUGGAAGGUAUCAUCUCUGAAUCCCACUUCAUCAAGCUUGAUAAGUUAAAAACACUAGAUUUAUCCUUCAAUUCAUUAUUGAUGUUGGAUUUUGCCCCUGACUGGAGUCCUCCUUUUCAAUUGGGUAAUAUAUAUUUAGCCGGGUGCAAUGUGGGCCCAUUUCCCAAAUGGAUUCAAACUCAGAUGAAUUUGCCAUACCUUGAUCUCGGUGGUGCCAAUAUAAAAGAUGAAGUGCCAAGAUGGUUGUCAAAUUUGUCAUCUUCAUUAGAGUACUUGUAUCUCUCCAACAAUCAAAUAAGUGGUACAAUUCCGAACCUCUCAUCCAUGUCAUUUCAAUAUAUGGAUCUUAGUUACAAUCAAUUCUCAGGUCAUAUACCACCAUUUCCUGUCAAUGCCUCUAUUAUUGUAUUGAGUGGAAAUAUGCUCUCCGGUUCAAUUUCAUCUAUUUGCAAAACUCGCCAAGAGAGCCUUCGCUACCUCGACCUCUCCAAUAAUCACUUGGAAGGGGAGGUUCCCAGCUGCUGGGAGAAAAUGCCCAACUUGUACAUCCUUAAUUUGUCUAACAAUAGUUUUUCUGGUGAAAUUCCUCUCACUUUGGGCUAUUUACAUGAUCUCACUAUGCUACAAAUGCAUGGUAAUAAUUUAUCUGGUGACUUGCCUAGUAGUUUAAGACUUUGCCAGGGAUUGGCAUUAAUUGAUGUUGGAGGGAACAAGUUAAAAGGAGAGAUCCCCACUUGGAUUGGCCAGUUGUAUGGAAUGCUCUUUCUAAACCUUCGGGGAAAUAAAUUAUAUGGAAGUAUUCCUCCCGAGAUAUGCGAUCUUACUUAUAUUCAAGUUCUAGAUUUGUCCCUAAACAAUCUAUCUUGGAUAAUACCCGAUUGCUUCAAUAAUUUUAGUGUCUUGUCGGGUGAGGAUGAGCUCUUAAGUGCGCGUCAGUAUGAAAAUAUUUUUGGUAAAACAUUUCUGAGCUAUCGGACCACCAUAUUUGGAUCUGGAUAUUCAUCAUUUCAAUGGAAAGGUAAGGAAUAUGAGUAUUGGGAUAAUCUCGCGCUUCUCAAACUCAUUGAUUUUUCGAGCAAUAGAUUGAGCGGAAACAUUCCUAAAUCAUUUUCCACAAUGAGGGGAUUAAGAUCCUUGAAUCUAUCAGGAAAUAGUUUAACAGGAUAUAUAAUUCCUGAUAUUGGUAAUAUGGAGGUGCUAGAUUCUCUUGAUCUAUCGCAUAACCAACUCUCUGGUAAGAUACCUACAAGUUUAGGUGAGAUAAACACUCUCAGUUUUCUUGAUUUGUCGAACAACAGUUUGUCUGGAAAAAUUCCAACCAGUACUCAACUUCAAAGCUUCAGUGCAUUGUCUUAUGCCGAGAAUGAUGGACUUUGUGGCGACCCUCUGCCAGUGUGCCCGGAAGAUAGCUUGAGGCCAUCCACCACUGAUCCAAGAGAAAACAUGAAUGAGAACGACGGCAACAUCUUCCCAUUUAUGCAAGAAGUUGGGAUAUCAAUGGGCUUUGGUUUUAUCUUUGGAUUUUGGGGAGUUAUUGGUUCAUUCAUUUUGAAGAAAUCGUGGAGAAUUGCAUUCUUCAACUUGUUGGAUGCUGCUGGAGAUUGGUUCUACGUUAGGAUUGUUGUGUUUGUAUCCAAAUGGAGAUGA